AUGGUUAGACCUAUUAUUGCUCCAAGUAUCUUAGCCUCCGAUUUUGCCAAUUUAGGUUGUGAUUGUCAUCGUGUGAUCAAUGCCGGUGCUGAAUGGCUACAUAUCGAUGUCAUGGAUGGUCAUUUUGUUCCAAAUAUUACACUAGGCCAACCGAUUGUGAAAUCUCUACGUCAAGCAGUCCCUAGACCAAAUGAUACUACUAGUGAUAAACCAAAGGCAUUUUUUGAUUGUCAUAUGAUGAUAGAGAAUCCAGAACUUUAUGUUGAAGAUUUUGUUAAAAAUGGUGCCGAUCAAUUCACAUUCCAUUAUGAAUCUACUAAGGAUCCUUUAGCUCUUGUAAAAUUGAUUAAGUCUUAUGGAAUCCGUGCCGCAUGUGCUAUUAAACCAGGUACCCCAGUAGAUGUCCUAUUUGAAUUGGCUCCUCAUUUAGAUAUGGCUCUAGUAAUGACUGUUGAGCCAGGGUUUGGUGGACAAAAAUUUAUGCCUAAUAUGAUGCCUAAAGUUAGUAUCUUAAGAGAAAAAUUUCCUCAAUUGGAUAUUCAAGUAGAUGGAGGUUUAGGUAAAGAGACUAUCCCACAAGCGGCUGAAGCAGGUGCUAAUGUUAUUGUCGCAGGUACUUCUGUAUUUACAGCUCAAGAUCCUGCAGAUGUUAUCUCAUUUAUGAAAAACAAAGUUCAUGAACAAUUAGAUCAAAGAGGUGUUCUUACUGAGAAAAUAAACUAA